CAGAUGCCUGUGACUUUGAGAAGAGAUACGUGAAUGCGAAAGAGCCAAAGGCCAAAACAGGGUGCGUGGUGUCAUGUUGUGAUUGGAAAGCCAACCUCACGUCCAUUGACGCGUAUUGGGAAGACGUUAUACAAGGAAAGAGCGCUUACGCGCUAUGGCCUCACAUCACAUUAUAUAGGAAACACAUACCGAUUGAUGAUGGCGGGGUAAAAGCUAAAAAUAAAGAAACAAAGAAAGAAAAAGCAAGGGAGAAAAAGAGUUAAAGGCAAAAAGAAGAGGAGAAGGAGGAGGAGGAAGAAUCGAAGUUUGAUUGGAUUGUGUGUAUUAAACAACAAAGGGAAAAGGGGAAAAGGGUUAGCGAGGAAUUGGAAGAUGGGAGCGGUAUCCAUGGAGUCAUUACCACUGGGAUUCAGAUUCAGGCCCACCGACGAGGAGCUCAUCAACCACUACUUGAAGUUGAAGAUCGAAGGGCGUCAUUCGGAGGUGGAGGUUAUUCGGGAACUUGAUGUUUGCAAAUGGGAGCCUUGGGAUUUGCCUGGCCUCUCCAUGAUCAAGGCAGAUGAUCCGGAGUGGUUCUUCUUCUGCCCUCGUGAUAGGAAGUACCCAAACGGCCGUCGUUCCAACCGGGCCACCGACGCCGGUUACUGGAAAGCUACUGGCAAGGACCGUACCAUUAAGUCUCGCAAGUCUUCCGCUUCGAUUGGCAUGAAGAAGACCCUUGUUUUCUAUAAGGGCCGUGCUCCCAAGGGUCAGCGCACCAACUGGAUCUUCCAUGAGUACCGUGUCAUCGACUCUGCUUCUGAUUCUUCCCAGGGUGCCUAUGUUCUGUUUCGUUUGUUCUACAAGCCAAAUGAGAGGAUUGAUAAUCCAAAGUAUGAUGAAGUAGAGCCUACGGGCUUGUCUCCUGUGACAACCAAGUCUUCUCCAGGUGACACAUCAUCAGAUCUUGUUCAAGAAACAGAAAUGUCAGAUACACCGACUGGGGGGGAAUCAGAAAAUUUUGAGAGAUGGCUGAAUGAUAAAUCAGACAAUGUCACUCCUACUGCUCCUGUACCUGUUGAGAGCUGCUGCAAUGGCUACAUACCUUCUGAUGUGGAAGACCAUGUAGCAGAAGUAGAAGAACAAGUUUCAGAGGUUUAUCCACCGCUGGGAGAAGAUUCAAGGUCGUAUGAUGGUCAAAUAGAUUGCAAGGUUUUCUCUCCAGAAUCGCAGCUUUACCCAGAGCUAGCCACAGCCUACAUGGGUUCACCUUUUUCCAGUGACUUUGGUGAUGGUCAGACUGGAUUGCGUUUUCAGGAUGGGGUUAGUGAGCCGGAGGUAUGCCUCACAGAGUUUUGGGAUGAAAUCUUCAAUAACCAUGAUGAAUGCUCUGGUGAAGAGUCCAACAGUAAGAAGAACUCAGCUGUUGGAAGUGAGACCCUGGUGCCCGGUCAAGUUUCUCUGUUACCUAAUAGACCACAUGGAGACUCUCAUACUAAAAAUGGUGGAUCAAACAGUGACACUGACACUGAUAUGGCUCAAAUGCAGUAUGAUCCGGAAAUGAGAGCUUCCAAGUGGUCCGAUGAGUAUAUUGUUGGCAAGGAUCACUUGCAAAUGGAUGUAUCUCCUGGAUAUCACCAACCUCAAGCGUCAUUCCAUUUCCCAGAAUUCAAAAGUGGUAACAUUGGUGCUCUUGGGGAUGAUUCUAUUGGACGAGAUGCUUCAUCUGCUGUUUCUGCUAUGGCUUCAUUAGAUGCUUUACUCAAUAAUCUGGAGGAAUCAUCUACUCAGAAGAAUCAUGUUAAUUAUGGUGGUGAUCCUGUUGGUGGAACUGGAAUCAAGAUCAGAACCCGCCAGCCACUACAACGACAAAUGCCUGACAACUUUGUAACACAGGGCAUUGCUCCUAGAAGAAUCCGCUUGCAGAUGCACAAAGUGAUGUAUGCAAGCAGCAAUGACGAACAAGAAGCCCAGCCAACUCUCAAGGAGGUUGGAGAAGGCAGAGAACAUCCUCCUACAUCUGACGGCCCAGAGAAAGAGAGUAUCGUUGGGGCAACCAGUAGGUCCAGUAGAGGAUUAAAACUGAGAUUGAGGGUGAACAGGGAUGGUGAAUCUGAAGGUGAAUCUGACAACUUCCAGGUGAAGCCAUCAGCAUUUUUGGAGACAGUCCCUGCACGCCGUGGCCCAAGUACCUUGUUAGUGUAUACAGUCAGCUUAUCUCUAGUUAUAACCCUGUUCCUAUUCUUAACAGGGACCUGGAGAUACCUUAGGUCUUACAUGUUGCAUGGAUAAGACUACACACUGUAUAUGUCUGGAUGGUCUUAUACAAUGAUAGUUUUGCAGGUGGUCUUCAUAGCUUAGGGUAUUUCUUUUUUUCCUUUAGGUAAUACGAACAGCCCUCCUUUUGUACAUCCUGGUCUAGUUGUGCUUAGUUUUGUAAUAUAAAAGUGGGAACCAAUGUAGUAACAGAUCACUUCUACUUUUAUUUCUGGAUUGCCUUCCUAUGAACUUCAAGAGGCACUAAACUAUAUGUGGUCGGAGUUUGUAUGAAUAGAGUUUUGUUAAUAAGGCACUGAUGAAUUGGGUACUAGAAACCCAUCCAACUGGAUUCAUAACCAAAUUGACAACGGUGGGCCGCUGCUGCAGCGGUUUUUGUUAAACAGAAGGCUCUGUAUCUGCGCCAACAGUUUGGUCCUAUUUAUUGUAUCCUUGGGUCAUCACGCUUGGGUAACAAGGUGUUUGUUUUGAGGCAAAAAGGAUGAGAAGAAGACAAGUUUUAUCGUGAAAAUAUGUAGUAUUCACUAUUCCACGGCAAGCCCAGAUGGCAGAUAGCAUCGCAUGGGUCUGUACGGUAGAGUGGUUGGGUGGAGGGUGGGUAUGGGGAAGAGGGGCGAGAUGCGUUUAAUUUUGGCGUGUCAGGCUUUUGAAACCGAGAUGUGACCUCAUAAUGCAUGUAUAAAGGGCAUCAAUGAAAUAAAUAAUGGGGAAGAUGGAGGGAGAGAGGAUAAGGAUGAGCAUCAUUGGCCUCGCAAUAAUGAAAUUCCAGAUAAAGCUCUGGGAAAUGAGUCGUCAGACAAGUCCAGAGAAAGACACCCACGUGGAAGCGUAGUAGCACUAGCACACUGGAAAAAAAUAAAACAACUGCCCUGCACCGCCGUUGGAAAGCUAAAGAUGGUGUUAGAAAACAAACCGUCUGCCCACUCAUCUAUUUAUUGUUUUUUUAAAGUAUUUGAGUAGAAAGAGAGCGUAGCCUCCACCACCAGUUGCAGACCAAGACAGAAGACCUGUUAGAUUUUGUUUCCUUCAGAGUUUGAAGCGUGGUUCUCCCCUCAUUUGGAGUUGAAGGCCCAUUCCCAUAACUUGAAAUUGAAGCAGAGAAGUGUAGUGGGUGAUAGAAGGGAUGAUAUUGGUGGCGGUAGUAGCAGAGCUCAUGGAGGAGUACACAGCGCUGUUGGCAAGGGUGCUGGAGCAUCUCUUCCACGAUGCCCCUUUCCCCAGGAGAAUUCGUUUUCUUAUCCUCCGCAGUCUCCCCUUCGCUUCCCCCUCCUCUCUCCGCUUCAUUAGGGCCCCUGCUGCUUGAUCCCCUCUCGUUUAUUUCAUUGUUCACUUCUCUAUGUACAUCAGAGUUGAUUCUCUUUGUUUCUCCCUUUCCUUUUCCCGGCUCUCUCUCUCCCUUUGAGAACUGAAACAUGUUUGUAAUAUCAACCUCUCUAUCUGUUUAAUCUGCAGUUUUUUUCUUUAACUGAUUAAA